AUGGUCGAUUCUUCAAAUGAUUCCAUUCCAAAUGCUUCUGCAUCCACUGUUAGGGUAGAAAUCCCUAGUCCUUUCUACUUGCAUCCAUCUGAGAAUGCGAGUUCAUCCCUAUUACCUGCAGUUUUCGAUGGAACUGGUUACAGAUCCUGGAGAAGAGCAGUUGUGAGACCUGAUCCUACUGAUCCUAGCUUUCAACAAUGGGAAAGGUGUGAUGAUAUGGUCACAUCUUGGAUCCUGAACUCCUUGUCACCAGAUUUGCGUGAUAGUCUGCAGUAUGUCAAUAAUGCUCAGGAGCUUUGGGGAGAACUAGAAGAAAGGUACGAUCAAACCAAUAGUUGUAAGUUGUACCAGCUUCAAAAGGAGAUCAAUGACCUUGUCCAAGGCACUCUGGAUAUCACUAGUUACUACACUAAAAUGAAGAAACUCUGGGAAGAAAUGAGCAUUAUUGAUAUCAGCUCUCAGUGCAAUUGUGUGUGCACUUGUGGUGGUAAAACAAAAUUGGUUAAGGCUGAACAAGAUCGCAGGCUUAUACACUUUCUAAUGGGUUUAAAUGAGAUGUAUACUGCAGUCCGAGGCAACAUUCUCAUGAUGAAUACUCUACCAAGUAUGGCCCAGGCUUUUGCCAUCUUGUCCCAAGAAGAGAAGCAAAGGGAGGUGAAGCCUCAUAAUCAUACAGCCUUGGAUUCUACCUCUCUCAAUGCUUAUGGACAGACCAACAACAGUGCAGGAUACAGGGGAUUCCGGACAAACUACAGUUUAUCUGGAGGAGGUGGAACCAGUUCUGGUAAUAUUGGGUUUAGAGGAAAUUCUAGCACUAGCAAGUCUUCUUUGUUUUGUGACUACUGUAAGAAAUCAGGACACACAAAGGAUAGAUGUUACAAGCUUCAUGGAUACCCAUCCAAUCCAAAUCCACGGUUCAAAAAGGGAAAAGCUGCAGCAAAUGUGUGUGCCCCUGAUAUGAAUGGAGUUCAAUCUGAAGAGGAACCUGAAGUAAGGAGACAAAUGCCAUUGAACUUGUCCAAAGAUCAAUAUGAACAACUACUCAAUCUCCUGGGAACUUUACAAGUUGGAAAUGGAGCCUCAAACUCAGACAACAUGCUGAAUGGAGCUGUGAACUUGGCAGGUAUACUUGCAUGUUAUUCCUCUAUUACUGAUAUAGGUGAUCUUUCUUGUAAAUAUGUUAAACUAACUGCUGGCUCUUGGAUCAUAGAUUCAAGAGCAUCAUACUAUAUGACCUAUGAUAAGACCACCCUCACAAAUAUCAUUUCACUUCCAUAUCCCUUUCUAAUUUCACUCCCUAAUGGUUACAAGGUUAAAGUGACUGAAAUUGGUGAUGCUUGUUUAAAUCCAGCUUUGACUCUAAGCAAAGUGUUAUUUGUACCUAGCUUCAAGUUUAAUCUCAUUUCUGUUCAUUGUUUAGCACUACAAUUCAAUGGUGUAGUCAGUUUUGACAAAUCUUCUUGUUUGCUGCAGGGCCCUUCUCUGAAGAGCCCUCUGGAACUUGGUAAAGCCAAGAAUGGCCUGUACUUCUUGUGUCACAAAUGCCACAAUUGUUGUCCAUCUGCUGAGAGUAAAGCACCUCAUGUUAAUUGUCCUAUUGUCUCUUCUUUAGGCAAUACUAGCAGGAUUUCAGAUUAUAAUGUGUCCACUGGUUCUUUUGUAAAAUACUCUCCUAUGAAUAAGACAGAUUAUACUGUUUUUCCUUCAUCUUGUUUUACUCAUGCUUGUCCUUCAUUUGCAAAUGUCUCUAAUCACACUCAUGAUGAUGAACUUUUGUGGCAUGCUAGAUUAAAACAUGUACCUUUUGUAAAAAUGAAAAAUAUCUCAACUAUACCUGUUCAUUUUUCUCCUAAACAGCCUUUUACUUGCAAUAUAUGCCCUAUGGCUAGGCAAACUAGGAUGCCUUUUCCAGAAAGUAUCACCACCACCACUAAAGUGUUUGAGUUGUUACAUGUUGACCUAUAA